UGUUGGAGCUCUGCUCUGGAGGACAUCUAGUGAUGGCCACAGCUUCAGCAGGAGAAGCAAAAGAAGCUCUGACACCUAUCACUCCCGAUGCUAAAAAGGAUGAACUAGAGAAAUGGCCCAACCCGAUACACUUGCCAAAGUUCUCUGUGAAACAUGGGCUAAUUCCCAGGCAUUACGUGAUGGAAUGGAAACAAGACAUGAAAUUCAGGAAAAUGCAUCUAAAGCAAGCACAGCAGAGUGGGAUCUACUCUGGUCCUUUAGAAGAAACCCUGUUUCUGGAAUGCUCUGAAAGACUUUGCCAUGGGGAAGAAAGAGAUGCUGUUUCAAAGAAAAUUUCCCCCCACAUAAAAAUAGCUGAUAUGCCUUUACAUUCUCCUCUUUCCAAAUACCAAAGUACUGUUAUUGCUCAAGGAUACAGGCGGCAACUGAUAUGAAAAAUAAAAUAAAAUUGUAGUGUUCAAAUC